CAGUCAGAGGCAACAAUCUAAAUCUUGUUCAGCUAAAUACCAGUAACAUUGUGCUAAAAUUAAACAUUCGUUUGUAGCACUGUCAUGGCUGACCAAGAAGAAGGAGAGAGGUUGGUACAAGACAGAGAUAUAAACACUGUUGGGGACAGAGAAUCUGAGGAUCAGCUUCCAAUCCAACCUGAAGAAGAGAACAAGUGUCCAGGCUGCCAGACACUGGGCGUCCUGACAUUGCCCUGUGGCCACAAACUGUGUCCCUCGUGUAUCGAGCUGAGUCAGGGAGAGCUGGGCCCGGCUGGCUGCACAAUCUGCUACAGAUCACAGCUGAUGGACACGGUCCUCCAUACUUUGCUGGAAGCCCUGUUUCAUGAUCUGCCCAGGAGACACGGAGUCGUGCCUGGAGCUACAGAGGAGAGUGUCAAGGGAGCAGAGGAUGGAUAUAACGUGAUAGUGAAGGAAGAGCUUUGUGAUCGGCAUGGAGAAGCGCUCACUUUGUUUUGUCUGCAAGAGGAGAAGCUGCUCUGCCAGCAGUGUCAGACAGAGGGGCAUGAAGAGCACCAGUGCUGCUCUAUUGAGGAGGCUGUUCACAACUGUAAGAGAGAGUUACGAUCUGCUAUCAGAAGCCUCCAGGUGCAGCUGGACAGUUUAACAUCAAUCAGACAAACCUGGAAGGAUACUGCCACUCAUAUCGAGAGUCAAUCAGUACAAACAGCCCAGAUUUUGAGGGAUGAGUUUGAGAAGAUGCACCAGUACCUCCAUGAUGAGGAGGCUACUCUGAUGUCACAGCUUAACCAAGAAGAAGAGGAAAAGAGUCACAGGAUGAAAGAAAAGAUUGACAGGAUCAACAAUGACAUACAAGUGUUGACCAACAGUAUGAGAGAGACAGAAGACUCCAUGGGCUUGGACAACAUCCUCUUUCUUAAGAAUUAUAAGAAGAGCUCUGAAAGGGCUCGGUGCAGUGUAGAGGAGCCAGAGGAAGAAUCAGAAGCUCUGCUUGAUGUGGCAAAGCACCAGGGCUGUGUGCAGCACCGUGUCUGGGACAAGAUGCUUAAGAUCAUCCAGUACUUUCCAGUGACCAUGGACCCUAACACAGGCUCGGUGUGUUUAAGUGUGUCUCCUGACCUUUCCAGUGUGUUUGUGUGUGAGGAGCAGCCUCUUCCAGACAAUCCAGAGAGGUUUGUGGGCCCAAAGAGCAUCCUGGGUUCGGAAGUCUUCAGCUCAGGGAGGCACAACUGGGAGGUGGAGGUGGGAGAUAACAGUCACUGGGCUCUGGGCUUGGCCAGAGACACAGUCCAAAGAAAAGUCUGGUCCAACUCUGAUCUAAACCCCAGUCCUACCUUCGACUCAGACACAGACCCAGGUCGCGGCCUUUGGACAGUGUCCCUCUCCUCUGGGGAGUACUGGGCCUCCCCUGGCCCCAGCACCCCACUCAAGCUGAGAAGAAGGCCACGCAGAAUCAGAGUUCAGCUUGACUGGGAGAGAGGGUCUCUCACUUUCUCUGAUGCCAACGACAACACCCUGAUCUAUCGUUUUAAAAAGCAGUGGAAUGGAAAUCUGAAACCCUACUUUUCCAGUACAUGUACUAACAAUCCACUGAAAAUCACAGCAGGGAGGAUGAAUGUUACCAUAGAAUAGUGUCAAAAACCCUUUUCAGAAAUGUUCUGUGGAGGAUCUCCAGAGUAAUCAAUCAAUCAAUCAAAUUGUAUUUGUAUAGCCCAUAUUCACAAAUUACAAUUCGUCUCAUAGGGCUUUAACAUGGUGUGACAUCCUCUGUCCUUAACCCUCAGCAAGAGUAAGGAAAAACUACAAAAAAACCUUUUGACAGGGUAAAAAUACUUAGAAACCUCAGAGAGAGCCACAUGUGAGGGAUCCCUCUCCCAGGACGGACAGAAGUGCAAUAGAUGCCACGUAUUGGAAAACAUCAUCAAGAUUAAAGUUUUUAGCAGCACUGAUGAGGGUAAACAUUUUGAAGGAUAACUUCAAUACUAUAUGUCAAGCAGUCCUGCUGCAAUCAUAGUCUAUGGUCAGCAGCCAGCAAGAUCAUGAUCCAUCAUCCAGAUCGGAUCCACUAUAGUCCACAGUCAUUGUCCACUGCCGCUUAUUAGGAUCCAUCAUCAGCCGCCGACCUCGGCCCUGGUCCACCAACAUUAUCUGAUGCCAACGCGACACAGGAUCCGCCAUUACCACCACGAUCAGCCCGUACGAUAUAGAAUCCGCCAUACUGGAUCCACCAGCGCAAACUCUGAUUCGCCAUCCACAAAUCGUAAUCCAUGGUGCGGCCACAGAGGCCCUGGAUCUGCGGGCGAUAAAGCAAAGGGAUUCCGGGAAGGGGGAUAGGGAUGGAGAAGAGUAAGGAGAAGCUGGAAAGAGAAGCUCCGUGUGUCAUGUGUCAUAAAUUCCCUUUGCGUCUUAGCGUCAUCAGGGUUUUUUGCCUUGUAAUCAAUGAUACAAUGAUUCAGGCCGAACUUUAGGGUACACUGCGGCUCAAGGUAAAUCUGAAAUGAGUCCGGACUUUCUCAGCAGUUUGCCUUCUUAACAAUUGCUGCAUAAAGACCAAAACAUUAGUUACGUAUUGUAACUAGAUUCUGUGAGUAUAGGCGCAGCCCUUUGAAACUAUCGCUAGUGGAUUUAU